AACACCAGAUUUGGGCUACUCAAACAAUCUUAAUAUGGCGCUUAUGCCACUUUGCAUUAUACAGACAGUUUAAUCGCUUUACUUUUGGAUGGCAGGUUGACUUAGGACAAGAUCAAUUUUUAUUACAACUUUUAACGUGUUCAGUGUAAUAGUAACCAUCAUGCAAACCAUGUGAAAGAAUAUUUUAUUCAUAGCAGCGACGGUGGAUACAUUCAUCUUUGAAUCAUGGAUCAGGUUUUUAUUGAUGAGCGACAAGACAUACAGAAGAAGACAUUUACUAAAUGGAUCAACGGAUAUCUGGCAAAAUCUGGCACACCGCCUAUCAAUGACCUGUUCGAAGAUCUUAAGGAUGGGCAUAAGUUGUUGUCACUUCUGGAAGUGCUGACUAACCAACGCUAUAAACGCGAGAAAGGAUCCAUGCGUGUACACCAGAUCAAUAACCUGAAUAAGGCACUUAAUGUUCUGCAAGAAUGUGGAGUUAAGCUUGUUAACAUAUCCAGUGAUGACAUCAACUCGGGAAAUGCUAAAUUAACACUAGGACUGAUAUGGUUGAUUGCGCUGACGUUCGAUGGACAGAAACUCGUUAAUUCCCAAGCUAAAAGCGGCAUUGAAAAGUCUCUUUUGGUUUGGGCUCGGCAGUUGGCGGAUAAAUAUGGCAUAAAGGUUAAUGAUUUUUCCACCAGUUGGUCCGAUGGGUCGGCCUUUCUGGUUAUACUUUCGGAGGUGAUCGAAGCGAUAAAUUUACAAGAGGCACUGAAGAAGCAUCCCAUUGCAAGGCUUCGUAUGGCAUUUGAUUUGGCGUAUCAUCAUCUCAACAUAGAGCAGCUGUUGGAUCCGGAAGAUGUGAAUACCAGCAAACCGGACAAAAAAUCUAUUCUCAUGUACGUGAUGUGCUUGUAUAAUGCCAUAGAUUCGAGGAAAAUCGCUCGCCAACAGAGUGUACAACAUUUGGCACAACAUGCCGAAAGUUUGGAGGAAAUUCAACUCCUUAGUGAAAAAGAAAUGGACGAUGCAACAGAUACCGAUGAUAACCUGAGAAACAACAACGUUCAUGAGCAAAACAAUGUCUCAACCACACACGAGGGUGAAGUGAACCAUCCUGGCAAUGAUACCCACUUGGAGAAUGUAUCUUUGGCGAAAUCAAUUGACGAUUUGCGAAACUUUAAUCGUGAUAACAAAAUAACAAUUCCAAAAAGUAUGCCCAUUGUGAGAUCCAUAGAGCAUACUGAAUCAUUCAGUUCCAAUUUUAAACUUACUGAUUCGGUUGUACUAGGAGAAAAAGUUGAAGGUUGGGAGUCAAAAACAUCGCGUCCAGUUUCAACGGCGACAAAUUUUUCGACUGAAUUUAGUGGAUAUCAGAUAGCCGUCGAAGAAGUGUUGACCAUGCUGCUUGAGGCGGAAGAUUUUUUCUCAAAAGAAGUAGUCGAUUCCAACGAUUUGGCCGAGGCCAAACAGCAAUUCCACAGUCACGAGGAGUUUAUGAAGAAACUGUUAGAGUAUCAAACUUUCGUUUGUGGCGCUCUCGACGAAGGCACGAGACUGAUAAGCGAAUCGCAAUCCAAUGGAUUGGAUCUAGAGGGGCAAAAUGAAAUCAAACAUCAGCUGUUUCUGCUGAAUGAACGUUGGGAAAUGUUACGUGUAAAUUCUUUAGAAAGACAGGCGCAAAUUCAUAAACGAUUGGCCACACUCCAAAUGCAAAAGAUUGAUGAGUUGAGUAACUUCCUGAGGAUGACGGAAGAAAGGAUUUCUCACAUGCAAAAUAUUGGUCCGACACCCGUCGAGCUGAAAGUGCAGCUUGAGGAACAUAAACGAUUACAGCAUGAUAUGGAAAAACAGGAAAUUCUUGUAGAAAGUUUAAGUAAUUUGGUAAUUAUCAUUGAUUCCGAAAGCUUCAGUGAUUUGGAGGACAAACUAUCGGCUCUCGAAGAGCGUUGGUCGCAUUUGCUCAAGUGGAUCGGUAACCGUUGGGAUAAACUGCAAAGUUUAAGCCAGCGCUGGACGAAACUUUCGGAGCGAUACAGAGUAAUUUGUCGUUGGAUUGAUUGCCGAGAGCAAAACUUGAAAAAGAUGGAGUCCUACGAGUCGGCCGAGAUGGGUGCCAUGAUGGAGCGCAUAAGUUGCCUGCAAUAUUGCAAGAAUGAUAUCAACAUGCUUGGUAAAAGUUUACGAGAGCUAGAAAGCGUUGCCCAGGAACUAGAUGACGAAGGUUAUUCAUCGUUAAACAUUUUGACAAAAGUUGAACAUCUAACAGACAUGUGCGACGCCCUUAUCCAGAUUAUUCAAGCCCAGAGUGCUCGGGUUGAAAACAUGGGGUUUCAGAUACCCCCAGUUUCAAACAUCGGCAGCCUAGUAAAGCCAAAUUCGUGGGAAGAUUUUCAAAUAAAGAUCUCUGAGGAAACAGACGUCGAUAAACCCGUACCGGAAGUUGAUAAUUUGGACAGUUCCGAAUAUUACCUUCCACAGUCGGAAAAGAAACGUAAAAUUGAACAACCCGAAGGAGUAGUGCAGUUGAACGAGUGUAUGUUUGGACUGCGGAGUUCACUGGAUAAUUGUGUUUCAAGACUGGAUCGAUUUGAGAGAUUUCAGAUGAAGGAUCGAUUGCUGUUGAAAGAGGUGGAAAACUGUGUGAAGACCUGUAACGAAGAGCACAAUUUCGCAAGACAAAAGUUGUCCGAAUGUGAAAGGAUGUGCAACGUUAACUUGGAAAUUGAGAGCCAGCAACUGAAUGAGCUGGGAUCACUUUUGUAUUCGAUAGAACAAAAAGUAACUACAUUCAACGUUCAGUGGGAACAGAUACUUGCUGAAGAAAAGUUGAGCAAUGAUUUGACGAGAUUUAAGCUUUCGCUGGCAGACACACGUGAUUGGUACCAGCAGCACGCAACAAUGUCCACAGUUGAUGAGCUUGAAAAGCGUCUGCUAAGCAUGAACUCAAUUGCCAACGAUAUUGAGGAGAGUCGUCAAAAGCUGAAACAUCCAGACGCAAAAUCCCAAGCAACAAAGGCCGAUUUUGAUCAAUUUUAUGCAAGCUGGGUGGACAUGAAGAAUGCCAUUUAUCAGAUAAUAAUCGACAAAAGCAGUUUUCGAAGCUCGGAUGAAAAUAUUCAAAAAAUGCAAGCGCUUAUUGACCAGGCAGAACGUCAAAUUGUUGUGUACAGCGAUAUUGAGCACACGCAUCAAAAUUUAGAAGCACUUCAUUCCGUUAAAGCAGUUUAUACAAAAUUGCGUGAAGAAGGGUAUGACGACUUGGCUUCUAGGCUUUCGAUCGAUGGAAGAUUCACGGAACUCGUAACGAGCUGGAGAAAUAUUCCACAAGCCUUAAAUGAUACUAUUAUCAAGCAAAACAUAGUGAUUGAAAACAUGAACCACUUUUAUGCUGAGCAUAAAAGCAUUCUGCAAAACUUGGCUCAAAUUGAGCUCGGCUUGCAAGAAGAGAUUUUCAUCCCAGGAGAAAUAAAAACGCUUCAACUGAAAAAUGUCGAAUACGUAAAGCAUGCAACAGAGUUGAAGAAAAUUGACAUUGAUAUAAUAAGUAUUAAAAAUUUCGCUGAAACUGUGUUUGAAAAGUGUGAAUCUGAGUUUAAAACUGAACUGCACAGAAAAAUACAAAUUCUUGUUGAGCAGCACGAGAAAGUAAACGCAUUUUAUAAAAACAACUAUUCCAAACUAACACAAAUCACGAGCAUAUCUGAAUCUAUACUAACGAAGGUGCACGAAACUGAACUGUGGUUAAACGACUUGGAAAAGAAUACACCGAAAAAUUUAAACUCAGAAAUCAACAAUUUGAACGAGCUCUACCAGAUAAAGUCGAAGUUUUGUGCGCUCAAAGAAACCUGUGAACAGCAGACCGCCAAGUUUCGUGAGCUGAAUGAGGCUGGCAAUGAGAUUUUGCUGCAAAUCGACGAAAUGAUUCAGAGCAAGGCGGAUAACAAAGCGUCACAUUUGGCAAAAAAGUUCACAAAGCUGAAUGCCCGAUGGAACGAGGUAACAUCGUGUGUUUACCAACGUACUGGGCUUUUGGAGCAUAUUUCCGGUCAAUUGGGUGAGUUUAAGACUCUGGUUGUAGGUGAAACAAAUUACCUUGACAAACUCGAGAAGCUCUUGCGCCGAAGUCCGGAAAAUGCGGCGGAUGCAGAAGAAAUUUCAGAAGAACUAGACGAUAUCGAAAACUACAUUCGGAACCAUCCAGAAGCACGCUUUGAUAAAAUCAUUGCGAUCGGAACCGAACUUUGCAAUUUAGAGUUUAUGGUUUCGUUAAUCGAAAAAGAUUUACAAACCAUAAGCGAUAGAUGGGAAGCUCUACAGAUUCAGGCCAAACAACGAACUACAAUGCUAGAGUUAGCCGUUAAGGAAGCGCAAUCGUCGGAAAGGCAGGUCAUUUGUCUGCAGCAAUGGAUCUUUCGGAUCGAAAGUAUAUUGAACGAAUUUCUCGAGAAUGAUACAACGGUUGAAGAUGUGCCGCAUGAUUUUCAAAAACUUCAGGAUGAGUUUGAAACUCAAGAAAAAAUGCUGCUAGAGACGAAGAAAAAGGUUGACCACUACAAGCAGGAGGGCAAGUUGGAGGCAGCCAAUCGCUACCAAGACCAAAUAAAACUAUUGGAAUCCCAGUUUCGAGCUUGUAAAAAGAAGUUGGAUCAGCUCACAUCACCGCAGGCAACGUUUGAAACGAAAUUGAACCACGCUCUUGUGAAGCUCAGAAAUGUGGAAAAAAGUACCAUAAUUCUGGAUCCUUUCUCCGCGGGUCCAUUGAACCUCCAGGAUCAGUUGCAGCACUGUCUGAAAAUGUACCGAAUGUUGUCGGAGGUGAAGAGCGAGAUUGAGCAAGUCAUUCGAACAGGGCGCAAGCUUUGCGAGGAUAAAUCAACAAAAAAUGCUGCGAAGCUUAGUCAACGGAUAGAUACGCUUAAAAAUUUAUACAACUCGCUGGGAGAGAUUGUAACACAGUCGAAAAUUACGUUGGAAAAUCUCCUCAGGAUUAUGCGUUGCUUGGAGGAAGAAUUGAUCACUGUCGAACGGUUGUGCAGAGAGAGCGAAACUGGACAGUUGACGGAUGAUGAGAGAAAUACGUUUUCGGAAAAAAUAGCUGAAUGCAACAAUCUUUACGAGGAAUAUACUAAAACGUGUGAUAGCAAACAUUUGGAAGAUUUCGAAAACCGUAUAAAGAAUGCACAAAAUAUAUUUCAAAAACUUUGCCAGUCUGAAAGAAAUAAAAUAGAAAAUCAAGAAGCAGACAAUGGUUUGCAAGAUGCAAACCCAGUUGGUGAUAAUGAAUCAAAAACUAUUCCAACGGAUGCAAACCAAACAAACACCAAGAGUGAUGUUGAUGUUGAGAAUGUCUUGGAGAAAGUUUCACGAAUGUUGGAGGGUGACCAAUCCCAUGCAGACACGAACCACGAGAUUGUGGUUUUGAGUGACACGGUACGCCAGCGUCGGGCGAGGACCAUGAACCUACAGCAAACUGAAGGAAAAAAAGAACCACAACAAAAGGAUCUCCAGUUACCGGCCACAUUCAGACUCGCUGAAAAAAGUGUCCUCUUUUCCCGGGUUUCAAAUAAUGAGCCGUUGAAUGAGACCAAACUCACCUCAAACAUGCAGAGCGAAAUAGAACGCAACAAGUGCUCAGUAGUUGAGAUUAAAGAGAAGAAUAUUCCGACGAAAAUGUCCGUCCAGAAUGUAGAAAUUUGUCCCUGGGACGAACCUAUGCAUGGUCAACUGGUAGAUAAUAUUAACGUUCUGGAAAUGUGCCAAACUUUCGAACCAGAAUUCGUCGAAACAGUGAACAUAAUCGAUGCGUCAGAGUCUGACACCAGCUGUCCAUCUCCAAAGCUGGAAUCUCGUGACAAAAUGAAAGACGUUUUGUUAAUGGAAGCCACAAUCAAAACUGCAAACACCAAAAGAAAACCGACUUCUCAAAAUGACUGCGGUGUCCUCAUGGGGAGCAAGAGAUUCUUCGACUCGACGAAAAUUUGCAGGAGUUUUAAUAUUUCUAGCGAGGAGCGUGACAGUUUCUACAAUUCCGACAACGAAAACUACGACGAACCGCUCAUGUUUUCCGAAGACGAAGAUAUUCCAAGAUAUUCUUUUGAACUGGCUGCGGAUUCGGACAGUGACACGAGUCGUCUCGAAACGUUGGACAUUACAAAAAUGAGUGAAACAAGUGUAGAAUUGGUCCAACCAGACGAACUACCAUCCCCUCCUCUCAAUUCAGACGUUUAUCGGUAUGAUUCAUACAAAAAACUAACCUCUCUCGAACAGCGUGUUAACGAGUUUGACAAAACCGCCAAGUACAUGAUCAAAAAGCUCGACCAAAUCCGAGAACAGCUAAGCUCGUGCGGUGGUGGAACAAACACGAUUGAAAACCUGAAGCUAACGAUAGCACCGGAUGCGGCCACAUUGAUAUCACAGGGAGAUACUUUGAUUCUGGAGACGCAUGGUAAAUCGAAAACUCUAACGCAGCGCUUGAUGGAAACGCAAGCCAAUUUGAGAGAUAAAUUCAAAAGUGUUCAAAGCUUUCGGAACUAUCAAGACCUGGAUGCAACUCCACAGCAGCUGAAUUCAACGAACGAUAAUGACGGCUCCUUCAACGAUUCAACUCACAGCAAGUCGAUUGACCUGGAUGAGAUUACAACGAAAGUGCUCAAACGAAUCAAUGACUUGCUGGUCAAACCAAUUGCCAAAGAUAACGAAGCAGAGCUGACUAAGCGAAUUUUGGACAUAAAAGAAAGGCAAGAGGAAGCCAAAUUGGCCAUUGAUGUUGCAUCGCAAACAGCACCAUCGGAAUCAGUGUCCAACAUCAUGACUGUUAUAAGAAAUGGAAUGCGCGAUUUAUCACUUCAUUUUGACGAAAUCAUUGCCAUAUUAUUUUCAAUUAAAAAGGGAAACAUGAUGGAUGUUUCUAGUUUGUUAAGCGAGCACGAAUUUGCAAAAAGUUUGCUUGGAGAAACACUUUCUUUUACCGGUGAAACAGGACCGAUUGACGAUACGUUAACUCGAACGCUUCGGAGUACCAGAGAACUUAUUUCCGAACCAUUGACGAAUCGAACGGAGGAAGGUCUCUCACAGAGACUGUACGAAAUAAAGGAAAAACAAGAAGAAUUAAAAUUGAUUAUUGAAGGUGUUAAACUUUCCGGGCAGAACGAGCUAAUAAGAAGGCGAAUGGAUAUUCUGGAGAGAGUCACGAAAGAUCUUUCCGCUCAUUGUGAUGAGGUUGUGAAUGCAUUGGCAGCCUUAAACCGUACUCGUGAAUAUGGCGCUCAGCAGGCCCAGAAUGCCAAAGCUAAUGAAAAUGCAGAAAAGUUCGAGUCUAGCGUGCAAGGUUCGAAUGCGGUUAAUUCUAGAGCAAGGUCCGUGCCCGAAACAUCUGCAAGUAGUGUUGAACAGUCCAUGUCUCAGAUAGCAAACUGGCUUCAAUUGGAACAUGAAUUGUUGAAUAAGCACUGCGUAGUUUUUGGUGAUACCGAUAUGAUGCUCUCUGCCAUCGAAAAGGGAAAGAACACAAUCAAACAGCUAGAGAAUAAGAAAGCACAAAUUGAUGAAAUAGUCACGGUCGUAGACAACUUAAAAUCAGAUACCAACUAUCAGUAUUUAGAAAAUAAAGCUACUCGAAUGCGCGAUCAGUGGGAGGACACAUCACAAUCCGUUCUUGAGCGUAAAUCCCAGCUUACAGCGAUGCUUGGUGAUUCGCAGAGAUAUGAAGCAAAGAGAAUCGACAUCGAGAGCUGGUUAAAUCGCAUGGAGUCGCGAUCGGAGCGAAUGGGAGUGGUAGCCACCACAGCGGACGUGCUGGAAAUUCAACAGAAAGAGCAAAAAUCCUUCCACGCUGAGCUGCAUCAGUAUAAGCAUCACAUUGAACUAUUCAAUCAGCUGACGCAGAAAUUGAUUGCUGUAUAUCCAUCGGAUGACACAUCACGGAUCAAGCGGAUGACGGAAUCUGUAAAUCUUAGAUAUAACAAUUUGAAUAAUGCUGUGAUAUCGCGAGGAAAAUCACUUCAUGCAGCAGUUCAUUCGUUGCAGUCAUUUGAUAAAUCAUUGGAUCAGUUUUUGGGAUGGCUCAGCGAAGCAGAAUCGCUUUGCGAGAAUACUGAAUCUGAAAUAGAUAGAAAUCCACAUUCAUUUAAGGAUUUACAAUCGGAAAUAGAGUCACAUCGAAUAAUAUACGAGCGUCUCGAUAGCACAGGGAAAAAACUCUUGGGCUCGCUGACCUCGCAGGAAGAUGCCGUAAUGUUGCAGCGUCGCUUGGAUGAAAUGAACCAAAGAUGGAACCAUCUGAAGUUCAAAAGUGUUGCCAUCAGGAACCGUUUGGAGUCCAAUUCCGAACACUGGAACGCUUUGCUGCUAUCGUUGAGGGAACUCACAGAAUGGGUCAUUCGCAAAGAUACAGAGUUGACCUCCUUAGGCCUGGGACCUAUGAAAGGUGAUGCUGCGAGCUUGCAGAAACAAACGGACGAUCAUAGAGCUUUUCGGAGACAGUUGGAGGAUAAACGACCUGUGGUUGAGAACAACUUGCUGACAGGUCGGCAAUACAUUGCCAAAGAGCCACCAUUGUCUGAUACCAGUGAUUCUGAAGCGAUUGAUAGUGAAUCACGAUAUCUGUCCGCUGAAGAGCAAAACAAAGAAUUGACGCGUAGCAUUCGUCGUGAAGUUAGUAAAUUAUCCGAACAGUGGAAUCACUUGAUUGAUCGUUCAGACAACUGGAAGCACCGUCUGGAGGAAUAUAUGACGAAAAUGCGCCAGUUUCAGAAGGUUUUGGACGAUUUGAGUUCCCGCGUGGCUUCGGCCGAAACGUUGACACAGUCCUGGACCACGCCGGUCACGACUGCCGAUUCGGCCGAGCAAAUGCAACACCUGCAGCGUUUGAAAGACAAAAUGACCACUGCCGGGGCUCUGCUGGAUGACUGCAACGAACAGCAAGGUUUCUUCACGGCCAAUCACGUGCUUGUACCGAAUCAGUGUCUUGCCAAACUAGAGGAUUUGAAUACGAGAAUGAAAUUGCUACACAUUGCUAUGGAUGAACGACACAAAAUUCUAAUAGCAAACGGAGCCAAUCAAUCCUCGACAGCGGAUCCAGAUGGUAACAAAUCGACGCAUGGCAUUAGUACCGGUACCAUUGGCCCCAUUCCAAAUUUAGCGACGAGUGUAAAACCACCAUGGGAGAGAGCUAUCACACCAGCCAAUGUGCCUUACUACAUCAACCACGAGAGAGAAAACACGCAUUGGGAUCAUCCGGAAAUGAUUGAGUUGAUGAAAUCGUUGGCAGAUUUGAACGAUGUGAGAUUUUCUGCGUACAGAACAGCGCUUAAGCUGCGCACAGUCCAGAAAAGAUUGGCAUUUGAUCGGCUGACCAUGAACGUUGCAAUAGAGUCGUUUGACCGGCACGGAUUGCGGGCGCAGAAUGACAAGCUGAUUGACAUCCCGGACAUGACCACAGUGUUGCACUCGCUGUACGUGACCAUUGAACCUAUUGACAUGCCGUUGAUGUUAGAUUUAGCAAUAAAUUGGAUUUUGAACGUGUAUGAUUCUCAACGUACUGGCCAGAUUCGUGUUCUUAGCUUUAAGGUUGGUUUGAUUUUACUGUGCAAGGGACAUCUCGAAGAAAAGUAUCGCUACUUGUUCCGCUUGAUUGCCGACCUGGAGAAAAAGGUGGACCAGCGGAAGCUGGGACUGCUACUGCACGAUUGCAUACAAGUUCCACGCCAGCUCGGCGAAGUGGCCGCAUUCGGAGGUUCGAACAUUGAACCAUCGGUACGUUCGUGCUUCGAGCGCGCCGGCGUCAACCAGAACGGCGAGCCGCUUGAGACCGCGAUCGAGGCGCAACACUUCCUAAACUGGCUUCAACACGAGCCCCAGAGCUUGGUUUGGCUUCCCGUUUUACACCGGCUGGUAGCAGCUGAAGCAGCAAAACAUCAAGCAAAAUGUAAUAUCUGUAAGGAGUAUCCGAUUGUUGGCUUCCGGUACCGAUGUCUGAAAUGUUUCAACUUCGACAUGUGCCAGAAAUGUUUCUUUCUGGGUCGCAAUGCCAAAAACCAUAAAUUGUCGCAUCCUAUGCAUGAAUAUUGCACAACGACUACAUCGACGGAAGACGUCCGUGACUUUACCCGAGCCUUGCGUAAUAAGUUCAAAAGUCGGAAAUAUUUUAAGAAACAUCCCCGUGUGGGAUAUCUCCCCGUCCAAAGUGUCCUGGAAGGGGACGCACUGGAGAGCCCUGCUCCUAGUCCACAGCACGGGGCGCACACGCUGCAAAAUGACAUGCACUCACGACUGGAAAUGUACGCCUCGCGGUUGGCCCAGGUCGAGUACGGGACACGCAGCAGCUCCACUCCGGACAGUGACGAUGAGCACCAGCUGAUUGCGCAAUAUUGCCAGUCCCUGCCCAACAAUGGCGGCCCGAAAUCACCGAUUCAAGUUAUGGCAGCAAUGGAUGCCGAACAGCGUGAAGAGCUGGAAGCCAUGAUCAAGGAUUUGGAGGAUGAAAACUCUUCCCUGCAAGCGGAAUACGAACGGCUCAAGUCCAAGCAAACUUCAAUUACCACCCCAGAUGAAAAUCAAGCAGGAGCCAACGGCGGAAAUGAUAUGGUUGCCGAAGCCAAGCUGCUGCGCCAGCACAAAGGAAGGUUGGAAGCCAGAAUGCAAAUUUUGGAAGAUCACAACAGGCAACUGGAGGCGCAGUUGCAACGGUUACGCCAGCUGCUCGAUGAGCCAAACAAUUCUAAAGCUUCGACACUGCAGACACGGUCUGUGACGGCAUCCCAGCUGAAUACGGAAUCGCCCGUCAAGUUCCAGCAAAAUGGUCAUCAUGAUCAAAAAUCAAGUCUAGAAAAUGGCACAUCGUCGGGAUCUUUUCAUAACAACGCCGGUAUAUCAGGCCUGAGUAGUGGUGGUGGUGAUAACGAUCGUAGCAAGCCUGGUGUCGGCAAAAAUGAGAAUAACAUUGGGGUCAGCUUCGCCUCCUCGGAUGCGAGACCACCGCCUCCUCCACAUACAAGUCUAUUGCACAUGGCGGGUGAUUUGAACAAAGCAGUCGAAGAGCUCGUUAACGUAAUAACGGAGCAGGAAAUCGAACAACAAAAUGACAACGGGGUUCACGAUUUGACUGAUUAGUAGUGUUCGGGCGUUGAUUGUCAAUCGAGGCGAUGUCACAAAGUUUUCCAACACAUAAUUACAUAUUAAAAUAUGCAGCGUUAGAAACAUAUUGUUUCUCGGUAUCUUAUGAUGAAGCAUUCUAGAUUGCGUAACGCGAAUAGAAAAGAUAGGCCUAAGUUUAGUUUGAUUAUAUUUUAUCAUGUUUUUAUUUUUAAUAUCAGCAAACAAUCUGGAUAAUAUGUCAAUAUCAGUUUAUGUGUGUUUAUUACAGCGUUUUAAAAUAAAAGUUACAGGGAAAUAUGCGGAUUUUAUGUGGAGAUACAAAAUGUGUAGUCAUAACGUUACGUGAUUUUAGAAUGAUCCCUAGUACAUAUUCAAACUAUGGCCCAAAUAUAAACCUCCGCUCAAUUCUUGGUGAAAUUGUCAGAAAAAGGCUAGUCAACCAUGUUUGCGUUUUAUCAAAUAGAACACAUCAUAAAUGUAUAUUUAAUCAAACAAGAAUUUUCUUUUUGUGAAGAAAAAUGACGUUCAAUAUGAAAUUUCCUCAAAUAAUUUAGUUUUUUUUGUCACUCAAUGGGCAGUAAACGAUCGUUUACUAAAUCUUUGCUAUUAUCACCCUGAAAAUAAAAAUGAUAAUCAAACUCUUUUUUUAAUCGUGAAACGUUAACAUAAAUAAAUUCUAGGAAAUUAUCAAGCAUGUUUGAAACAUAAUCUUAACUCACACAUAUCUUAUCGCAAACACAUUUGAAUGGUAAAAAUUUUCACGCGGCUUCAAUUGAGCGGUGGUUUAUUUUAUAAUUAAAAACUGUACUGUAUAAUAUAGUUAAUCCAAGAAUUCUGCAAUCAAUACCAUAAUUCUAAAUUAAGCCCACAUGAAUAAAGAAUUUCUUUUCUAACGAUAUACUAACAUUUCCAAUAAAUAAUAUUAAAAAGCUGUAUACAAUCACUAAGUAUAACACACUCUUGAAGACAGUGUCAUAAACCAUUGAAUUUAGUACAGCAUUCAUAUCAAUAAAAUGUACCUUGGCAUUGAAGCAAAACAAAUGUAUAAGGAAAGACUGCUCGUGCUCCCGGCAAGCCCCAAACAAGUCGGUUGGUAUUGUGAUUCCAAUAUUUUCACAAGCAGAGUGGCAUCAUUCCUUAUACAACAACUGCUUAAACUUUUAGUUGAAUAAUCAAUUUGUGGAACAACUUAUAUCUUACAUACAUAUCCCUGGGAUAGAAACAAGUUUCUAUACAUUGUUCUCAUAAAUAGUCAACAUUUUUUGAUCCAACACAACAGUAUAUCAACAGAAUCGAAAUUAUAAGUCUUCACAGUUCGGUAAAGAAUAUGUAUGGUUAUAGUAUACUGACAUUAAACUAGCGAAAAUAAUGUAUUAUUGCAUUUCAUAUCCGGUACCCGUUACAAGCGUAAACGCUUGUCGUAGUAAAAAUGUCUGUUAUCAAUUAAAAAAGUAUUUCAUUUGCAUGUCAAUCUGGUCAAAUCAGUUAUAAAACUACUUCAAACUGGAGUUUAGAGGAACUUUUUGAGCAUCAAAAUCUAUUUGUAUGCAAUCAAUCUAUGUUUUAAGAAAACUUAUUAUUUUUAUUUAUUUCUGCAAAAUUUAAAGUGUCUUAUAACUUAAACAAGGUUAAUGUAAUGCAGCUUUCGAAUUUAAUGAAAUCUAAAAUAUCUAACAUAUUAGGUCCAAAUAAAAUUUUGAAAUUUAAUGUGAAAAAUACUUUGUAAGUCAAUUACUAUCUUUUUGUUUUGUUUUUAAUCCCACAUUCCUUAGUUCCUUUUCACUCCAGUUAAGAGUACUUUAGCAGGAGACUAGCGAUUGUCUACAUACAUAGUACUUAUUAUGAAACAUUAUCGGAAAUAUGCUAAGGCUGAAACAUUUCUCAAGUAAGCACAACAGUGUUGAUAUAUCGAAAUAGAAAUAAUAAAGCGCAAUACGUAGAAAAAAA